AUGCACGGCGCCUUCGAUGCAGAGGUGGCGCUUACGACGCAGAAGCCAAUCGUCGCUCUCCACGCCUAUGCCAACAAGCUGCUCAUCUGCGACGCGCAGUUGACGUUGACACACUACCAGAUUGGCGACGUCUCAGAAAAAGUCGAAGAAGCGAAUACGGAUGCGCCAUACAAGACUGUUCAGGUAUUGCAAGCGCUCAAACAUUUCUGCAAGAGCAAGCCGAUUCAAAUGCAUGCAGUCAAAGAGACGGGCUUGUUACUCGUGUUGGUGGACAACUACCUGAGCAUCUACUCGCUCUCAACCCUUUCACUCUCUCAAAAGCUUGCCUCAACAAAAGGCGCCGUAUCCUUUGCUGUUUACUCUACUGUGGAUCAUGACUCGGGCAUCCCUGUGCUGAAGACACAAGUGGCUGUAUGUGUAAAGCGACAAGUUCUACUCUUCACCUGGCUAGACAGUGAGUUUGACGGCGAACGCCACUACAGCUGUCCUGAUCGUGCGAAGGUUGCAGAAUUCCUUUCUGGCGACAUGCUUGUGGUCGGUAUGACUAGCGACUUUGUGAGUGUCAACAUCAGCGGCAAGGAAGGUGACGCUGUAGUGGAGGCAGUCGGGGCCCCAUCCCUCGGUACAGGCAGUGUCUCGACGACUAUGGGAUAUCUUGGUUCUCGAACGCCAAAACCUAUGCUGGUGCGUACCAAAGAGCAACUGCUCAUUGUACGCGACGUGACAAGCGCUUUCAUCGACAAGGAUUGCAACGUCUUGCCAAUCAAGCCAAUCAAAUGGGCCACAGCGCCUGAGUUCAUUGGUUACACAUAUCCGUUCCUGAUUGUUGUGCUCAAAACUCGGCUAGAGGUUCGGAAUGCUCAAAGUGGCAGCCUGCUGCAGACUUUUGAUGUUCAAGGUGUACAAGUUCUCAAUGACGGCAAGUGUCUUUUUGCAGCGACAUCAACGACCGUCUAUCGCUUUGUGGCGACACCAUACUUAAGUCAAGUGGAGGAGCUCAUCUUCACCGGACAAUUAGAUGAAGCGCUGUCGUUGCUUGAUGUACUUGAAUCUGUGCUUCUGGAGGAUAACAAGGAAGCAUCCAUCCGUCGCGUCAAAGAUCUCAAGGCUCGACAAUUAUUUGAGCAAGGCAGAUACGAGGAAAGUAUGGACCUCUUUGGCGAAUGCUGGACGCCGCCCUCCAGCGUCAUCGCUCUGUUCCCUACAGAUCAGCCUGCGAACGAGCCAUCGGCAUCGGCUGUCGACGAAGCAGACGGGACUGGCACCGUUACAAGCGAAACCACAGAUGAUGUGCAGAAAGUGACCGAAGAUCCAGAGCACGGCGACGCGUCUACAGUCAUUUCAGCGGAAGCGAAUCGUGCGCUCUCGGCCUAUCUCGCCCGAACACGUCGGAUUCUCAGUCGCUACAUUCCUAACCCGCCUGCAGCAGAUUCUGCCGAUCAAUACUUCACGACAUGGCCUGAUGCAAGACGUCUUACUGUCGAUGAAAUGGAAACAGAGCUAGGUCUAGCGGAUACUGCGCUUCUCAAACUCUAUAUACAGCAUUCGCCAGGUCUGGUCGGCAGUCUUGUACGAUUGGCAAAUCGUUGCGAUCCAGCUGUCGUCAAGGACUACCUCGCCAAAGAAGAUCGCUGGAGAGAAUUAGUUGACUUUUACUAUGGGAAGCAACUACAUGGCCUGGCGCUUGCAUUGUUACGAGAGCGUGGUGCUGUCGACGCUGGCAUUCAGUACAUUCAAAGACUGGAUGCUAAAGACUGGGGCGUUAUCACUGAGUAUGCACCCUGGCUGCUCAAGAGUGAUCCAGACGCGCUUGACAUUUUCACAGACGCUUCACAAGAAUCUGCAACCUUUGACCGCCGUGCAGUGGUCCACUUCAUGAAAAACUGUGAUACAAAGCUUGCAAUCCGCUAUCUCGAGCACGUUGUCAUUGGGCUUGGAGACACGAGUCCACAGUUCUCAGAAGAUCUCGCAGCUCUGUACAUCGAGACAGAUCAAGUCAUCACGCUUCAACAGUUUAUUGAGUCAGACAGCAAUGGCGCAUCGGCUGCUCGAUUGUACAAAAUGCUGCCAGAGAAGGCUGAUUUCGCAGAGUGUAGAGCCUUUUGCCUGGCUGACAUGGGCAACCUCAAGGGCAGUCUGGAAAUUUAUGUCAACAAGGUCAAGGAUGAAGCCAAAACGCAAGCCUUUGCGGAGCGACAGCUCAAUCGCUAUCCGAACGUCUUUGAAGUCUUGCUGCAACUCUACCUUUCCGAUAAACCACCGCAGCUCCAAGCUGCUCUGCAGAUACUGGAGCGGCAUGGCCCACGCCUCAACGUGGAAGCUGUGCUUUCUCAGCUGCCUCCAGAUAUCGCCAUCUCUGACAUUCGCUCAUUUUUGACCACUAGAUUACGCGACUCUCAAACGCAACGUUACGCAUCCCUUGUUGAACAGACACUUCGACGUUCAGCUAUGCUUUCCAUCCAACUGCGUGUCAUUGAAAGGAAGCAAAAGGCUUUCACUAUUACGGCAGACAAAGUCUGUGCCGCAUGUCACAAGCGAGUAGGUGGAAGCGUCUUGGCAGCUUUCCCAGACGGCGCUGUCGUUCAUUAUGUGAGGUCACAUCUGUUGUGGGCGCGUUGCUAA